AUGACGGAGCCGAGUCAGUCAAGAAUCCACACAGGCAACUGGCCCUCUGAAUGCUGUGAGUGUGGGAAAACCUUCACUCAAAUAUCAACCCUUCCUGUUCAUCAGAGAAUCCACACAGGGGAGAGGGCCUAUGAAUGCAGUGGGUGUGGGAAAACCUUCACUAGCAGCUCAGCCCUUUCUGUUCAUCAGAGAAUCCACACGGGGGAAAGGCCCUACGAAUGCCGUGAGUGUGGGAAAAGCUUUAGUCAGCGCUCACACGUUAUCGCACAUGAGAGAAUCCACACAGGGGAGAGGCCCUUUGAAUGCCGUGAGUGUGGGAAAAGCUUCACUCACAGCUCAGCCCUUUCUGUUCAUCAGAGAAUCCACACAGAGAAGAGGCCCUAUGAAUGCCGUGAGUGUGGGAAAAGCUUCACUCACAGCUCAGCCCUUUCUGUUCAUCAGAGAAUCCACACAGAGAAGAGGCCCUAUGAAUGCAGUGAGUGUGGGAAAACCUUCACUAGCAGCUCAGCCCUUUCUAAACAUCAGAGAAUCCACACAGGGGACAGGCCCUACAAAUGCCGUGAGUGUGGGAAAACCUUCACUCAAAGAUCAACCCUUUCUGUUCAUCAGAGAAUCCACACGGGGGAAAGGCCCUAUGAAUGCCGUGAGUGUGGGAAAAGCUUUAGUCAGCGCUCACACGUUAUCGCACAUGAGAGAAUCCACACAGGGGACAGGCCCUUUGAAUGCCGUGAGUAUGGGAAAAGCUUCACUCACAGCUCAGCCCUUUCUGCUCAUCAGAGAAUCCACACAGGGGAGAGGCCCUACGAAUGCCAUGAGUGUAGGAAAAGCUUCACUCACAGCUCAGAUCUUUCUAAACAUCAGAGAAUCCACACCAGGGGAAAGGCCCUAUCAAUGCAGAGAAUGUGGGAAAACCUCUUGGCACUCAGACCAUAUUAGUCAUCAGAGAAUCUGCAAGGGCAGUGAACACCAUAAAAACCUCUAGGGCUAUCAAUUUUUUUUUUUAAUACUUUUCCUGAUUCCCACAUAGUAACUUUUUAAAUCUGUUUGAACUGUUUGCA